CACCUGACAUACACCCCAAGGUGGAAUAAACUGAAUAAACUGCCAGGAACAGAUAACAUGGCAGCCAACACGCAGGCCAGUAAGUCUACACCAAACCACGUUAUCUUCAAGAAGAUCUCCCGGGACAAAUCGGUGACCAUCUACCUGGGAAAGAGAGACUAUAUAGACCAUGUGGAACAAGUAGAGCCUGUGGAUGGUGUUGUGCUGGUGGAUCCUGAGCUCGUGAAGGGAAAGAGAGUGUACGUCUCUCUGACCUGCGCCUUCCGCUACGGCCAGGAAGACAUCGACGUGAUGGGCCUGAACUUCCGCAGGGACCUGUACUUCUCCCAGGUCCAGGUGUUCCCUCCUGUGGGGGCCUCGGGCACCACUACAAAGCUGCAGGAGAGCCUGAUCAAGAAGCUGGGGGGCCACACAUACCCCUUCCUGCUCACGUUUCCUGACUACUUGCCCUGUUCGGUGAUGCUGCAGCCGGCUCCGCAAGACGUGGGCAAGUGCUGUGGGGUCGACUUCGAGGUCAAAGCCUUUGCCACACACAGCACAGAUAUGGAAGAGGACAAAAUUCCUAAGAAGAGCUCCGUGCGUUUGCUGAUCCGGAAGGUACAGCAUGCGCCGCGUGAGAUGGGUCCCCAGCCCCAGUCGGAGGCCUCCUGGCAGUUCUUCAUGUCUGACAAGCCCCUGCAUCUCGCCGUCUCCCUCAGCAAAGAGAUCUAUUACCAUGGGGAACCUAUUCCUGUGACCGUGACCGUGACCAAUAACACAGAGAAGACUGUGAAGAAGAUUAAAGUGCUAGUGGAACAAGUGGCCAAUGUGGUUCUCUACUCGAGUGAUUAUUACAUCAAGCCGGUGGCCGCGGAGGAAACACAGGAAAAAGUGCCACCAAACAGCACUUUGACCACGAUGCUGACGCUGGUGCCCUUGCUGGCUAACAACCGCGAGAGGAGGGGCAUCGCCCUGGACGGCAAAAUCAAGCACGAGGACACGAACCUUGCCUCCAGCACCAUCAUAAAGGAGGGCAUAGAUAAGACCGUCAUGGGGAUCCUGGUGUCUUACCAGAUCAAGGUGAAGCUCACGGUGUCAGGCCUUCUGGGAGAGCUCACCUCCAGUGAAGUGGCCACUGAGGUGCCGUUCCGCCUCAUGCACCCCCAGCCUGAGGACCCAGAUAUGGCCAUGCAAAGUGCCUGACUUAAGCAUCCACUUCAAAGAGGCAUCCACUUCAGUGAUGGCUCUCUCCAAUAAGCACAUUGCCAGCCACAGGACUAGAUCAGAGCCAGGCCGGCUCUCCUUCUCCUUUGUUUUAGAGAUUUUUGGUCGAUUUCAGUAGCAGCCCAUUUGAGCCACUUGUGUUUUUUGUCUUUCUGCGCUUUAAAUUCCCACUCUUCUGCUUUAAAUUCACCAAUAAAGAGUGAGCCCUUGAAACCCUAGGCCCCCACCUUCAACCCCCCUAAAGGCAGAACCCCAGGCCUGUGCGGUACGCUCUCUCUCCCUCUCCACCCGUGAUCUUGCUGUGUGGCCCCAGGUGUGCUGUGUAAUUUCCAGGUCCUGUAAGUAAUAAAUCUUUAUUUUCU